AUGAUAUUAUUCGCAAGUUUUGUCUAUGAUCUACCAUACUAUCAAGCUAAAUUUACAAUUGUAAAUUAUAAAAACAAUUCAUUUACAAGUACCACUCAAGAUAAUAGAAUCAUUCAAUCAAAAGAAGAUCAUAUAAUAACAUUUCAUAAAAGUGUAAUAUACGACACAUUAGAAAAAGGUUUUGAAAAUAGUUUAGGGGAAUAUCAAAAAAAAGAAAAAAAAUUAUUUUACAGUAAUCUAGGGAAAAAAAAUGAUAUAAAAUUCAAUUUAUUUGAAUUAAUAUCAUCAUCAGUAUUAGGAAUAAUGAUAUUUAAAAUAUUUCCACUUUUAUUUAUUUUUUAUAAAGGAAAUACAUUUAUAAGAAAACCAAGAAACAUUAAUAACAACGAAAAUACGGAAAAUACAAAUAAUACAAAUAAUACAAAUAAUACUAAUAACAAUUCAAACAAUAAUAAUAAUAAUAAUAAUACUACUACUACUAAUACUAAUUCAAACAAUACUAAUAAUAAUAAUGAAGCUAAUAAUAAUAAUAGAUUUAGAACGAAUAGUAACAAAAUUCUAACUUUAAGGAAAUAUAAAGUUAGAUUAAACGCAUUGUUGCUGGGUGACUUUACAUAUAUUUUUACAACAUUUAUUUUCAAUUUAGCAUUUACAUUGGUUUUGGUUUUAUGUAUAAAGAAAAGCUUAAAGGCAUUUACCGAUAUAGAAGAUGGAAUAUUUUUAAAAUCAAUAUGCUACAAUAACGAUAAUUAUUAUGGCUAUUGCAAUUCAUUUUACGGUUCUUCUCUAUCAAAUAAUGACAAAACUAUUACAAACUACAGUUGGGGUCCAGGAGGUGGAUGGUUUUCAAUAGUCUCUGUUUUAUUCAUUGAUGUUAUUUGUUUUUUAGCCAUUAUUUCAAUAUAUGUUAAAGAAAAUAUAUAUCCAUAA